AUGUACUGGGAAACAUAUGCAUCUUGCAUAAGGGAUGGGUCCGACCAGAAGAACCACACAGUAGUGACCCAUUUCAUUCUCCUCGGGAUCCCCAACACCGAAGGCCUCCAGACCAUCCUCUUCGCUGUCUUCUCGGCUUUCUAUCUCUGCACUUUGCUGGGAAAUCUGACCAUUAUGUCGGCCGUCCUCCUCGACUUUCAUCUCCACACCCCUAUGUACUUUUUCCUCUGCAACCUGGCCAUCCUAGACAUUGGUUUCUCUUCCGUCGCCACUCCCAAAAUGUUAUCUAUCCUUUGGGGACAAAGCAGGACCAUCUCCCUAGGGGGGUGCAUGUCCCAGGUCUUCUUCUACCAUUUUAUGGGAUGUUCUGAGUGCCUGCUGUAUACCGUCAUGGCUUAUGAUCGCUACAUUGCCAUCUGUUACCCACUGCGGUACAUGGUCAUUAUGAACUGGAAGGUGUGCGUCAUCUUGGCGGCAGGUACAUGGCUCGCCAGUUCUGUUCAGGGCAUCGUUCUCACCAGCCUCACGUUCACAUUGCCUUACUGUGGCCCUAAUGUAAUAGAUUAUUUCUUCUGCGAUGUUUUCCCAGUCGUCAAGUUGGCCUGUGCAGAUACUACCACCAUCGAAGCUGUGGGCUUCAACAAUAUUGGCAUUGUGGGUGUGACCUGCUUCUUCCUCAUCCUCUUGUCUUAUGUCCGCAUCAUUUACUCCAUCGCACGGAUGAAUUCUGGGGAGGGGAGGCGCAAAGCGGCCUCCACAUGUGCCUCCCAUCUUCUGGUGGUUACCUUUUUCUUUGGACCCUGUGCCUUGAUUUACACCCAGCCGUCUCUGAGUGGGGUCCUGGUCACCCCGGUGCAGAUCUUUGGCAAUGUUGUUACACCCAUGCUCAACCCAGUCAUCUACACUCUGCGCAAUAAGGAUGUGAAAGCAGCCCUGAAGAAACUAAUGGGGAGGCAGACAGUCCCACAGUUGAUGGCACAUUAA